AUGUAUCUUUUUCUCUCCAUGCUGGCUGUUAGUGACCUAGAACUCUCUGCUGCCACUCUGUCCACACUACUCAAGCUUUUCUGGUUCAAUGCCUGUGAAAUAGACUUUGAUGCCUGCCCAAUUCAGAUGUUCUUCAUCCAUGUUUUCUUCCUAAUGGAGUCAGGCAUUCUGCUCACCAUGUCUUUUGACUGCUAUAUGGCCAUCUCCGAUCCACUCAGGUAUACUACUAUUUUGACUAAUUCUACCAUUGCCAAGAUAGGUGUGCGGCUUUUGCUACUGGCUGUGGCUAUCAUCUUCCCAGGACCCUUUCUCAUUAAGCAACUGAGGUUUUGUAAGGCCCAUGUGCUCUCCCACUCAUACUGCCUGCACCCAGAUAUCAUCAAACUCUCCUGUUCUGACCACCAUAUCAAUAGCAUCUAUGGCAUCACCAUCAUUCUCAUUACCUUUGGAGUGGACUCUCUACUCAUUCUUCUCUCUUAUUUGAAGAUUCUGAUGACUGUACUAGUCAUUGCUUCCCAUUCCCCACAGCAGGAAGAACAAUUCAAGGCCCUUAACACUUGUGUUUCCCACAUCUGUGCUGUGCUGCUGGUCUACGUUCCCAUGCUGGGGGUAUCCAUUAUCCAUCGCUUUGGGAAACAUGUUCCACCCACGGUGCACAUUAUCAUGGGUUAUAUAUACCUACUGAGCCCUCCUUUUCUCAACUCUGUUGUAUACUGCAUUAAAAUUCAGGAGAUAUGCACCCGUAUUCUGGAGAUAGCAGGAUCUACUGCACCAUACCAGGUGUUCUUUGUAAUUCAUUCUGAAAGCUCUUCCUUAUGUGGGGCUCCUCUAGAUGCUGCUAAAAUCACCCUGGACGUAAAUAAGCCAGAUAAGAAGGAGGUAGACUGGGCUGAAUCAGUCUCCUCCCUGCCCCUUUCCUAA